AUGAGUGUUCGUCAGCGCGACUUGGCCGAGAAGCGGACGGACGUCGUCGACAUCGCGACGCUGCCCAUGAUCCCGAGCGACAGCGACAUGCUUCCGCCGCUCGAGAAGCAGCCGUCGACGCGCGCGCUCGUCACGCCGCGCCACAUUGUGCGCGAGGCCAUGGGCGACAAGCGCGAGCUGUCGGUUGUCGCCGACGACGACAAGGACGCGCCCGCGCACUGGAGUGUCAUCCUGCCCGACUCGCGCUUCCGCCGGUUCUGGGACCCGCUGCAGCUCGUCCUUCUCGUCUACGCCUGCGUGUUUUCGCCGUACAUGACAUGCUUCCGGCUCGUGCCCCUCGAGGGCUACGUGGCCUACUACAACCUGACGGCCGCCGACCUGCGUGCGAACGAGCGGUUCAUCCACACGCUUGACGGCAUCGUCAACGCACUCUACGGCCUCGACCUGCUCUUGAGCUUUCGUUUUGCCUUUGUCGAUGUCAAGUCGGGCUACGUCGUCAAGCGGCCCGAGCGCAUCGCGGCGCACUACGUACACGGGUGGUUUGUCUUUGAUUUGCUCGUGACGAUCCCGUGGGACCACGUCGUCGGCGUCUCGACGCCCAAGGACGCCAUCAUCCUCGAGCUCAUCCGCAUCUUCCGCCUCGCGCGCCUCACCAAGAUCCUGCGCCUCAUCAAAACACCCAUGAGCCGCAACAUGGUCGUCACCCUCGAGCUGCUGUCGACCAUCUGCCUCGUCGCGCACUACACGGCCUGCGGCUUUUACAUGGCGGCGCGGCUCAACGCCACGUACAUGGAGAACUCAUGGCUUGCGACGCUCAACCUGCUGAACGCGUCCCCGUUCGACCUGUACAUCGUGUCGCUCUACUGGGCCUUCACGCUCAUGACCACGGUCGGCUUUGGCGACAUUUACCCCCGGACUAGGCAAGAGCGCGUCUUUACGAUCGGGGCUAUGGUCAUCUCCGCGGGCACGUACGCUUACGUCAUCGCUUCCAUGUCGUCGAUCGUCGCGUCCAUGAACGUGACGGAGUCGCGCUACUACGAACGCCUGAACGAGGUCAACGCCUACAUGAAGGCGCGGGACCUCCCCGCGUCGCUCCAGCUUCGAACCCGCAAGUACUACCGGUAUUUCCUGCAGCGCAAAACGGUCUACAACGAAGCAAGCAUCCUCGAAGACCUUCCGACCAACCUCAAAAGCGAGGUCACGGAGCACUACAUCAAGGUGACGAUUCGCGACGUCGCCUUCUUCCACGACUUGCCCCAUGGGUUUACGACCGAGAUCGCCAUGCAUCUCAAGCCGACGUUCUUCCCGCCCAACUCGCUCGUCCUCAGCAUGGGCGACACGGCCGGCGAGAUGUUUAUCGUCUCCAAAGGGAUCCUGCACGUAACACUGCUCCAUCACGAGACGCAGCAAGAAUUUGGGAUCGCGUACCUCUACGACGGCGAUCACUUUGGGGAAAUGGCGCUGCUGCUCGAAGAACAGGCCAAGAAGCGGUCGGCCAACAUUCGAUCCAAAACGUACUGCGAGCUCCACGGCCUCGAGUACACGAGCCUCCAGGUCGGGCUCUCGCGGUACCCGACGGUGCUGGACAAGCUCAUGGACAUGGCCGUGUCGCGCCAGAUCCUCCUCAACAACCUGCAAAAGACCAAGGUGGCCAACAUGGUCUUCGCCAUGCAGAAAAAGGUCUCGGACCGCAAGUUUCAGCGCAUGGCGGCCGAGACGCAGAGCCGCCUCGUGGGCAAAGUCUUCUCGAGGAUCUCGCGCGCGUCCAAGUGUUAG